AAGAAAGACAUGCGAACAAAAGAAAACAAAACAAGCACUAAGAGGAAGGAAUUUUGUUGUUAGAUCUCGGAAUUAAUCUGGAUAAGAAAUUAGCAAUAAUACUAUAAAGUUUCAAAACUGGGACGAGUCAUACUUCGAACUGAGCGAAACGAACCACACAUAAAUAAUAUGCACAAACUUGGGUAUUCGUAUGUUAAUUAAUUUUGUUUGAUUGCUUUAUCUACAGUGGAGAAAGAAGAGCAUCACAAUGUAUACAGAAAUUUCCCUAAACUGAAAAAUAUAUAUAAACGAAUUUCCAGUGUUUCUUUUGGCGAUACAACUACGUGGAAAAAAUUUUAGGGUUUUCUUUAAAUUCUUUUUUGAUUUUGGGUUUUAUUAUACACUACAUUCACUUAUGGAAAGUUGUGGGUGAUUGGUGUAGCUCCAUAUAUCAUACACAUUGGCCAUUGUUUGUUGUGUAGUGGUGUUAGUGUUGGUUUGGGUUGGAAGCAACAAUUGAAUUGCCAAUUUUAACAAUCAUUAAAAGAAGUAAACGGACGGAAAAAAAUAAUUUUACUUUUCUUACAGAGGGGAAGCACAGGCGUUGAAGAAGAACACAGCAGAAAACUUAAUAUGGACAACAAUGAUAAACAUCUUAUGAAUGCAACUGCCGACGAUAGCGAUAACGAUGAAGUUACAGAUUUUUUGAACUCCAACUGUUUUCCCAACACUGAAACACUGAAUGACUAUAAAAAUAAUAUCCCUACACUGUCAUCUGUUGCUGAUAGCUCUACGCCAAUUUUGAUCGAUGAAAACGGCUCUGUAAAACAACUUUCGGAAACAAAUAUAAAUAACGUCGAAGAAAGUGAAAACUAUUGCAUACCUGUAAUAAGCACUUCAAAUCAAUUCGGUGCAACAACACAAAGAUCAAUAGCUGCAACAAAUUAUAAUAACAACAACGUCAAUACAACUUCUCUCCUAUCCACUUUGCGACAAAACGACAAUAACAUGAUUCCGACUAUAAACGUAACACCUCAUAGUCCUGCCAAUGUCUCGAAAUACAAUAACAUUUUCGAAGACACUCUGAGUCAAUUACAAAACAUACGAGAAAGCGUGGUUCAGAUGAAGAAUUCCUCUUCUUCGCAUAUGAAUGACAACCUCUCAAAUUAUGGGCUAGUUAAUGCUACCAUUUUGAGUGCCUCUUUACCAGAUUUAUCGGCAACGAAUAACGGCGUGUCAGGUGCAUCAGUUUCAGGUCCGUUUGGUCAUUUGUCUUCGCAUUUUGUCAUAUGGUCUCCACAACAGCAACAACAAUACCUAUUAAAUGCAGAUAGGCGCAAGUCAUGGACGGGCAUUGACGACUUAACAGCGGGUGGUGAUUGCACUAACAAAAGUGUUAGUUUAUCUAGUUUGGAUAGCGAAGAACAAGAAACUAUACGAGUAACAGAACAGAGAAGAAGAUCUGCUAGAAAUAGUACUGGGGGCAUUUCAACGCAUUCCCUAAAUGAGGCUGAAUUGGCAAGAGACUUUGAGAGAAUAGCCGCCAAAAGAAACCUAGCAACCGAGAUAAUAAGCCGCAUACCAUUGCAAAAGAGUAUAUCGACUUCAUCUAUUGUAGCCAAAGAAGAUAUAAAGGCCAUCGCUAGACAUUUAACCGAUAGCGAAGAUGAGAAUCAAAGUCUACUAAGGGCACACGCAAAGAUAGAGGUAUAUGAUAACGUAGAGAAGAGACGUAAACGAGGCUCUCUAUUCUUUCGCAAGAAGAAAGACAAGGCGAAGAUGAAAUCAAUUGGCGGCCAGGUGAGCAAUUGUGAUGUUUGUGGGGCAGGUAUUACUUUAGGAACGCUGAAGGAGCAUCAGUUGGAAUGUAAGGGAAAGAAGAGCAGCAGUUCUCUUGUCGGAAUGGGUAAGAAAUCCAUUACUGGCAGUGAGAAAGGUGACGCUGGACAAGACUUUUAUGACGGUCCCGACCAAAAUACAAAUUUCCAUGACGACAACGCUCCACUGAUAAGAUCCGAAUUCUUGAAUGAUGCUCCCAUAGAGGCACAUGAUUUGAAAGCAGAUCCUUCGCUGGGUAUAGAACAAAAGGAACAUGAUUCGUGGUCCCCCGGAAUACCAAAGGAUAUAUUGAAAUCACUAAAAGAUCAACAAAUCAAGCGGCAAGAACACAUAUAUGAAUUUAUAAUGACUGAAAAGCACCAUUGUCAAACGUUAUUGGUAAUGCAAAAGGUUUUUGUUGAAAGUAUUGAGCGCCACUUUCCAUCGAUAAAUUGUAAUAAAAUGUUUCCACGACUACAAGAGCUGACCGAGUUGCAUUGUAAUUUCCUUAAGAAACUGAGACAGAAACAAAAAGAGCAUUUCGUUGUUGAUUCUAUAUCGGAUAUUCUACUUGAGUUUUUCUCUUUGGACAAGGCACAGCACCUGCGACUUGCCUAUGGAGAAUUUUGUGCUAACCAUCGUUCAGCUUUGGAGCAAUUCAAAUCAUGUAUGACGGGAAGAGAUCCUAUGUUUUCUGAAUGGUACAAGCAUUGCUUAACAAAUCCUUUGCUUAAAAAAAAGGGUAUUCCUGAAUGCAUUCUUUUUGUGACUCAACGCUUGACAAAAUAUCCAUUGUUAAUCGAGCCGUUACUGAAAAGUGCUAAAGAGGAUAAGCUAGAAUGCGAAAAAUUGCAGCAUGCGCUAGCGCUCGUUAAAGAGCUGCUGGUCGAUGUAGACGCUUGUGUAGCUGAAAAAGAACUGAGGGAACGUCAAAUAGAGAUAUACAAUCGAAUUGAUAAUAAAUCGUUUGCUAUCUACAAAAACAAACCAUUCCGCAAGCAAGAUGUUGGUGUAGACUCCAAGAGGCGAUUAAAGUUUGAAGGGCUAGCGACAUUAAUGCAGGGUCGCUCUAAAAUGCAACUGGUUCUUGUUGUUGUUUUAACAGACUGCUUAUGUUUCCUGAAUGAGAACUCGGCUCAUAAUAAGUAUAUGUUUUUUAACCCUGAGCACAAGGCUGGCGUUGUGCCAUUGCAGAAGUUGUUGAUACGAGAAAAAGCAGGCACUGAAUCCCGUGGUAUAUAUAUAAUUUCGUCUAAUCCAUUGUUUCCAGAGAUGUACGAAUUAAAAGUGCAAACACCAAAAGAUAAGAAUGUUUGGAUACAAUCCAUUAGGCAAGCUGUGUUGGAUUGCCCCUCCACAGAUGUAAUAGAAUCGGACGAUUUGACUCACGAAGAAAAGCUUAGAAUUGGCGUGAACAAAAGAGAAAUUAUCGAGAAAAUAAGACAAAAAGACAUAGAACAAGCCAUCUUGUUAGAAGAAAAAAUUUUACUGCAAUUGAAUCUAAUGCAAAAAGAUCAAAAAUCAUUUAACACAGAACAAGAUGCGCAAAAUUCAGUUAUUUCCUCUUCCAAUAUUUCCGCAGCGCAAUUCUUAUCCACAUAUGGUACUUACAAAGACAUAUCGAUUGGCAUCGACUGCGACACAGCCGAACUUUGGAAGAAGGUUUUAAAUACUGUACAAGACAUUACACAACUAGCAUCCAAUGUGUAUACGGCCGCCACAGGCCAGCCCGUUUCUAGAUCGGUUAGUUCUGUAGGAGAGAAACAGAGUGACACUUACAACUCCCCCAUUUUGCCGAAACGUGCAGAAACAUUUGCAGGAUUCGAUGAGAAAAGAUCAAAGAAUAUAUACACAUGUAGAGAUGUUGGCAAAAUGGGGACAUUGCAGGUGCUCACUCCUCGACUUCAAGAACUUGAAGAAAAGAAAGAAACAAAAAAUACGUCGAUAAUAAAUGCUUUAAUGCCUUCAUCCCAUGCUGAACACGAAAACGCACUUCAAUGCGAUCUGGUAUCGGCAUCUACCAAAGAUAAUAAUUUAGCAUUUUUACAAGUCAGACACAAUCUCCAUACUCUACUCUGCAUCAUAUCACAGCAAAUGACUACAAUACAUUCGCUGCAGUUACAAUUGGCUUUGUAUCGGGAAAGUCCUCGUGCUUCGUAUACGCACAAUGAUCAGCUGGAAGAGCUAAGGAAUUUGCAAGAUAAAUUGCAAGAGGAGAAAACUGCUUGGGUGCGACAGAAAGAGCAACAAGAACAGGAUUUGAACGAGAAAAAAGCUGUGAUGGAUAAGCUGCAAGAGCAGCUAAAUUUGCAGCAAGACGACAUUAAGCAACAGCGAGAACAAUUGUACCGAAAAAUGGAAGUGUUGUCCAGCCAAGGUCUUUUAAUCUCACCCAAUACUCCGUUGAAUAUUUCUAGCCCACUUUUGCCCACAUCUGGUAUUAACACCUAUGACUUAGAUCAUGACGCCCAUGACUCUCAAACACAUGAUCCCGUUCCUCCCAUCACCACCACACCACACAGCACAUCAUCAAACACUGUAGAUAGACGUAAAGAUAAGUGGCGAACUUCUUCUACUAUAUCCAAAAAUCCCCCAGUUCAUCUUUUAAGUGCUACGAAUGCCCCCAAGGUUCAACAAAAUGUUAUUAAGCAAAAACUUCCCAUGAAGCUUUCAUCGCUCUCAUCAACAUCUGCAACAACCAGCGGCAGCAACAAUAGCACAUCCAUAACAAAAAUUGAUAAAUCUAAUAGUUUUACUACAAAUAACAACAACUCAAAUUCAAAUUCAAUCGGCAUAACACAAAUGUUUCCACUUAAAUUGGCGGAUAAGCGGGCCACCCCAUCCUCUUCCACAAAUACAUCUUCCACAGUUUCAAAUUUAGUACCCCAACAUUCGCGGACUGGUAGUUCCCCCGCUAUAAUACAGCAUCCACAACCUUCCCUAAAUAAUAGCGCCGCUCUCACAUCUCCCACAUUGGUUGGCGUAACACGUACUGAUUCCUCUUCCACCUCCACCUACGGUCAAAGGUAUUCUGUGGGAUCGGCGACGAACUGCAACACUCCUACGUCUAGCAAAAAUUCAACUCAACCUAAUCAAACUAAAAUUCCACUGAUUUCGUCUCUGAAUGCUUUGGCUGCAUCUUCCUCUCCUGGCGCCAGUACUUUAACACCCAAUUCCACAACACGCCCUGCUGCACCGCAAGCAAAACCCGAGGAAGAGGAGAUUUACUUUUGACGUAGGUUUUCUAAAGAAGUUGAGAUUUAAAGUUUUGAAUGCAAAACUUUUCGAAUAAAUUUAAAAUAUUUUAACGUUAAAUAAGUGAAUGCCAUAAAUAGACAAAACGGCGUUCAAUAUUUCUUAGGUUGUAGUUGGUAUCCUUUCGUGAUCUCUUUUAGCAUUCUAAUAUUCAUUAUUCAUUCAAAGUAAGGUUUGCUUAAAGUUCGAUAUACCAUGACAAAAUUUAAAUUAAUUUCUUGCUGAAGUUGCUGCUUCAUCACUACAGCGUAAAAAUAUGUCCUCAGAUCCACGUUACACAUUCCAUUUGCAAUUAUUCACCCUUAUUCCCGUUGUCGAAGGCGAAAAUUGACAGAAGUCGAAGGCGAAUUUCACAUUUCAUGGAAUUCUGUAACUUAUUCGCCUUUGACAGUUUGAUAAUAGAAAAAAUUAAGUUCGGCCAACCGAACUUUGGAUAUCCACCACCAUGGAUACCUUUCUAAGCCUUUUUAAUAAUAAACUAUUCACUUUAUCAAAAUUCGAUUUGUACCUUCUUGCAACGUAUCUGUAUUGGGAAUCUAGGUGUUUAAUGUGACCCUUUUUUCCACUCAAGAUUUUC